CAUAGAGCUUUAUGCAACAAGUUUAUACUUGAUUUAGGUGGGUUUAAAGAAAUGGGGAGGGGGAAGGUAGAGCUGAAAAGGAUAGAGAACCCAACGAGCAGGCAAGUCACCUUCUCAAAGAGACGAAAUGGGCUUCUAAAGAAGGCUUUUGAGCUGUCCAUCCUCUGCGAUGCUGAAGUUGCCCUGCUCAUCUUCUCUUCCACAGGAAAAGUUUACCAGUUUGCCAGUCAUGACAUGGAUAGGAGCAUUGGAAAGUAUAGGAGUGCAGUAGGGCUGCCUGAUUCAAGUAACCCUCAAUUUAGAACCAUGGAGUUUUGGAGAAGUGAGAUUGAAGAGUUAAAGAGAUCCAUAAACACCUUGGAAACAAGACUUACGCACUUAUCUGGAGAAGACAUACUAUCUUUAGGCAUGAGAGACUUGAAACAGCUGGAGCGACAGUUGAAGAUAGGCGCUGAACGUGUCCGCUCAAGAAAGAGACGCAUUGUUUCGGAUCACGCCACCUUGCUGAAGAGAAGGCACAAAGAAUUGCAUGAGGAGAACACUCGUCUCCAGAAAAGAUUGAACGAGCUACGUGACGGUAACCUCAGCUCAACAAUUGUGGGUGAAAAUGUUUGCAGCAAGUUUCAGCAAAGGAUUCUUCAAGAUGAAAAUCUCCUUAAAGAACCAGAAAAGGUCUCCCACUAUGGCUAGAUUUGCUUCAGUCACUUCAGCUGCACGCGCUAUUAUAUUAUUGCGUAGUAGUUGACAGUGACAUAUUUGUUUGCCCUGGCUUUAUGUUUUGAUUUGAAUGAUUUUUAUAGUUUCUAUUAUUCUUAGGGGCCAAAAGUUGUAAAAACAAUAUUUGUGGAGAAUCCCCAUAUGUGUGACGAGAUGUACUAGAUAAUAUCGUAUCAUCACUUUGAUCAUACAAGAAAUAU